AUGCCUCGAUCACAGUCUCGUCUCUUCGCCCUUUUAAAAUAUAAAUGGACCGAGAAUGACCCUUUAGCGGGGGCGGGGGUAUCGCCCGUCUGUGGUGUGCUGAGUAGGGACUCUCCGCGCACAGACGGCCGCCCCGGGCGGCCCCGCUUCCCUCGUCCCCGGGAGAAGCCUCCCCGGGGAGGCGGCGGGAGCCCCCGGCGGGGCCGCCGCCGCCGCUCCGCGCUGCCCCUGACAGAUGUUUGCUCUCCUCCCCUCCACCAGCUCGAGGCACUGGAAGCCGUUUUCGCUCAAACUCACUACCCCGAUGUGUUCACUAGGGAAGAGCUGGCCAUGAAAAUCAACCUCACGGAAGCCAGGGUGCAGGUAUGGUUCCAAAAUCGAAGAGCGAAAUGGAGGAAAACAGAGAGAGGUGCUUCUGACCAAGAGGGCUCUAAGGAAACAAUGGCUGAGGUGGCACCUCCUGUGAGGAAUUUAAAUUCCCCUUCCCCAGCAGAUCAAACCAGGAAUAAAAAAGAGAGUCUGGAGAUCCAGCAGAGCCUGAGCCGAGCUGUUGGUCCUACUGGACCUUUCUUCCCCUCCUGCCUGCCAGGAACUCUUCUCAACACAGCCACCUAUGCACAGGCUUUAUCCCAUGUCGCCUCUCUAAAAGGGAGCCCGCUGUGCUCGUGCUGCGUUCCUGACCCCAUGGGCCUCUCCUUCCUGCCCACAUAUGGCUGCCAAAGCAACCGCACUGCCAGUGUGGCUGCGCUGCGCAUGAAAGCGCGGGAACACUCGGAGGCCGUGCUGCAGUCUGCUAACCUCCUGCCAGCCACCAGCAGCAGCCCCGCUCCACCAGCCAGCCCCAGCCCGGAGAGCAGCCCGGACAAGCAGCCCUCUCCGGCCAAGGAACACAUGGACGCGGAGAAGAGCGUAUGAGGCUGGGCCAGCGCCAGCCCCUCGGCUCGGUGUGAGGACCCCACUGCAGGGGCUUGCCACGGGGGGAGCUGCAGCGCAGCCCUGCCCCAGCCAGCUGUCAUGGGGCCGCUGGGGACCCUGGGGAUCCACAGCAAAUCUGAGCUGCCUUUCCAGCUGCCUUCCACACGUCCCUGCUCUUCUUGCACCGCUGUAGAUUCAUUUCCUUGAUUUACUGGCACCGUCUGUGUUUGGAAACGUUUGUGAAACUGUUUUUAGCCUCCUUGCAUCCCAGUGACAUCAAAACGAGGGCUUGCUCCCUCUCAUCUCAGCUGCACUCUCCAGGGUUGCUUUUACCAGCAGCAGGAUUGAGCCCAAAUACCACUGGGGCGGUGUCCCAUGUAGGCCAGGCUUUGACCUGCUUGGACCUGGACCUAGGACAACCUCUGCGCGCUGUUGGACACUGGCGCAGUGCUGCUGGCAGCACAGAUGCACUGCUGAUCUCCUCGGCAGGUCCUCUCUGCAGCGGGGCAGCAUGCUGCCUCCAGCAGCCGACCUGCCUCUGCCUGUGGCCCCAGCAUCAUGGGUCCCCUUCCCGGGCGGAGACAGGGGGCUGGGAGCAGGGCUGCGCUUCCAGACUUGUGCUUGGGGGAA